GCGGUGGCGGCCUGGGCGGCGGGCCGGGCCCCGGCGGCGGCCCCGAGCAGGAGGAGGAUUAUCGCUACGAGGUGCUGACGGCCGAGCAGAUCCUGCAGCACAUGGUGGAGUGCAUCCGCGAGGUCAACGAGGUCAUCCAGAAUCCAGCGACUAUCACUCGAAUACUGCUUAGCCAUUUCAACUGGGAUAAGGAGAAGCUGAUGGAGAGGUACUUUGAUGGCAACUUGGAGAAGCUCUUUGCAGAGUGUCAUGUAAUUAAUCCAAGUAAAAAGUCUCGGACACGCCAGAUGAACACGAGGUCAUCAGCCCAGGAUAUGUCCUGUCAGAUCUGCUAUCUGAACUACCCAAACUCGUACUUUACUGGCCUAGAGUGUGGACAUAAGUUCUGUAUGCAGUGCUGGAGUGAAUAUUUAACUACCAAAAUAAUGGAGGAAGGCAUGGGACAGACCAUUUCAUGCCCUGCCCAUGGCUGUGAUAUCUUAGUGGAUGACAAUACAGUUAUGCGUCUGAUCACAGAUUCCAAGGUUAAAUUAAAGUACCAGCAUCUAAUAACCAAUAGUUUUGUAGAGUGUAAUCGACUGUUAAAGUGGUGUCCUGCCCCCGACUGCCACCACGUCGUCAAAGUCCAAUAUCCUGACGCCAAACCCGUGCGCUGCAAAUGUGGGCGUCAGUUCUGCUUUAACUGCGGUGAAAACUGGCAUGAUCCUGUCAAAUGCAAGUGGUUAAAGAAAUGGAUUAAGAAGUGUGAUGAUGACAGUGAAACUUCUAAUUGGAUUGCAGCCAACACAAAGCAGGAAAACAGGGCAGUCAUGCUCGUCGAGGCACGUCUUGUGCCUGCACAGCUGUUGGCUUCAGGGACUGAGAGUCAGAGCCCAAAGUCUGCGUUGAAUUUCUUCAUUUUGAAGAACGUAGAAAGGAAUCAGGAAUGCCCGAAAUGCCACGUCACCAUCGAGAAGGACGGGGGCUGCAACCACAUGGUCUGUCGGAACCAGAACUGCAAGGCGGAGUUCUGCUGGGUGUGUCUGGGCCCCUGGGAGCCCCACGGAUCUGCCUGGUACAACUGUAAUCGCUACAAUGAGGAUGAUGCAAAGGCAGCAAGGGAUGCACAGGAGCGAUCCCGAGCAGCCCUGCAGAGGUACCUGUUCUACUGCAACCGCUACAUGAACCACAUGCAGAGCCUGCGCUUCGAGCACAAGCUCUACGCUCAGGUGAAGCAGAAGAUGGAGGAGAUGCAGCAGCACAACAUGUCGUGGAUCGAGGUGCAGUUCCUGAAGAAAGCAGUCGACGUCCUCUGCCAGUGUCGUGCCACACUCAUGUACACUUACGUCUUUGCCUUCUACCUCAAAAAGAAUAAUCAGUCCAUUAUCUUUGAGAAUAACCAAGCAGACUUAGAGAAUGCUACAGAGGUGCUUUCUGGGUACCUGGAGCGAGAUAUAUCCCAAGAUUCGCUGCAAGACAUAAAGCAGAAAGUACAGGAUAAGUACAGAUACUGCGAGAGCCGACGGAGGGUUUUGUUGCAGCACGUGCAUGAAGGCUACGAGAAGGACCUGUGGGAGUACAUCGAGGACUGAGCCCGGCCCUGCAGGAACGAACUCUGAACCCUUUCCCAUCUUAGAGUGCUCAUGCAAUUCCAAUAAAACCCACCCAGGGCGCUGCUCCGCCUCUUACACCGCUGGUCUGUAGUACCGGGAUUCUGUUUUGUUAACAGAAAAAUUAAGUAAAUUAUAUUGUAAUAAAAAAAAAAAAGGUA